UGCAGAUCGCAGUCGCUACCAGCAAGCCAAACAAAAAUUGAUAUAUUGCUCCCAUCUAGUUUGGGGUAAUGCUUUGUUUUUAGAGCGGUAGCAUAUUGAUAGUCGGUUGAUUUUCGGUGAUUAUUUCGUGUAUAGAGAGAGAUGGGUGGGGAAGAAGUUAAGGUAGCGGUACCAGAGUCUGUGUUGAAAAAGCAGAAAAGGAAUGAGGAAUGGGCUUUGGCUAAGAAGGAAGAGAAGCUAGCUCUAAAGAAGAAAAAUGCUGAAAAUCGCAAGUUGAUUUAUAGCAGGGCUAAGCAGUAUGCCCAGAAAUAUGAUGAGGAGCAAAAGGAGCUUAUUAGGCUGAAGCGUGAAGCAAGACUCAAGGGAGGGUUCUAUGUCAAUCCAGAAGCUAAGCUGUUGUUUAUCAUCAGGAUCCGUGGUAUCAAUGCUAUGCACCCAAAGACAAGAUCCAUCCUGCAGCUUCUGCGUUUGAGACAGAUAUUUAACGGAGUAUUCCUGAAAGUAAACAAAGCAACUGUGAAUAUGCUUCACAGGGUUGAGCCUUAUGUGACUUUUGGGUAUCCCAAUUUAAAGAGUGUUAAAGAAUUGAUUUACAAGAGGGGCUAUGGGAAACUGAACCAACAGCGAAUUCCGUUGACUGAUAAUUCAAUCGUUGAACAGGGAUUGGGCAAGCACGGAAUAAUCUGCAUGGAAGAUCUCAUACAUGAAAUCAUAACUGUUGGACCACAUUUCAAGGAGGCAAACAACUUCCUGUGGCCUUUCCAGCUCAAGGCACCUCUCGGAGGUUUGAAGAAAAAGAGAAACCAUUAUGUUGAAGGAGGUGAUGCUGGAAACCGUGAAGAUUACAUCAAUGAGUUGAUCAGGAGGAUGAACUAGGUUUUGAUGACAUUGUUCAAGUUUUGAUGUGGUCGUAUUUUUGUCAAUCAAAAGUUAUUAGACAUUGGUCAAGUUUAAUGAUAGAACUACUCCAGUUGACAGGGUGGUGGUCAUUUGACCAUGAGUUAUGUUUAAUCUACCACUCGUUUUUCAAUAGAAGUUUUGUUAGCUUGUUACUGAAUUUUUGCUUUAUUAAGCACCAGUUUUAUACAAAAUCCCAGAGGCAAUGCUUUAUCUCUCCUUCCAUCCA